UACCAACAAGGUACCUCCUCCACUCAGAAUGACGAGCAUCAGGAUAAGCCCACAACACGAGCAGACGCCCAUUAAACCCAGGCGCAAAGCGUCAAGAACCCCACUCAAUCAAGUCAAUGCGCACAACGGCAUAUGGAAAUGCGCUGACUGUCGCGAUAUUUUCUGCGAUAGGCUGCUUGCUUACCUCGUGGCUAGCCAAUUACACUUCAUUGUUUGUUUCGUGGUAGCAUUAAUAUUGCUGAAGGGGAUCGUUGAAUCGGGGUCUAGCGACUAUGUGGACCAUAGUCUUUGCUUGGUCGCGGCUACUGUAUCGAUGCUGAUUUUCCAUUUAAUUCACAAUUUGUGUUGAGGAUGGCCUGAAUGUGUCGUGAUGGGUCGGUCAACUUGGGAGUGCUUAGCGGUUGGAGGUUUCGCGAGGAGUGAGGGUCAUACUCAUCAAUUAAUAUCCUGUUGCAACAAGAAAGCGAGAUUGUCA